CUCACGCUGUGAAGCAUUUUGGCGUUAAGCUUUAGCGAAAGACCACGCGGUAAAAUCAUGACCCCUUUCGGAGGACUGGGGCCUAGGCUUUGGCUUUCCCUCCUCGAUGAAAUACGUACCUUCGCCAAAUUGAAGACGUCAUCACCGAAGCUGUCCUCGACCUUGUUUGCUGGUCUUGCACGCAUUGAAAGCGCAGGGAUAUAAAGGAGCAAACCGUUCCAGCGCCCAAGCGUCGUUUUCACAAACAACAAGAAAGUUGCAUACCAUAUUCACCAUCAAAACACCGUCGAAAAAUCCACACAGUCAUUCAACGAUUUCAUCAGUACAUCCUCAUCCUGAUCAAGCAUGAGUUCCGAUAACUUGCUUUCCCCUAAAGCCGCCGAAAUCACUGCCCGCUUAACGGACCCGAAAGGAUACACGGGUACCCACAAGCAGCGCUUCGAUGAGGAGGGGCAUGGUCGUGGUAUGGCAGGCCGGAAAGACCUGGUCGAUUUUGACGGCAACACGACCUCGACGCACCGUAAGCACAGUCCGUAUGGAAGCGAUAACGAUUUGAGGGAGCGUAUCGAUAACGAGAAGCCUAUCGUGCGCUCACGGUCUCGCGAGUCCGACAUUGGCGUCACGGCGCGCAAGAUCAAAAUCUACGAGUAUGCUGAGAAGCACUCGACGGGCGAGGAUCUGGUGCUGAACAAGACGUACUCGAGCAUGGAUAAGCUCAAGGAACACACAGCAACGCUGAUCCCUCCAGGCUUGCCCAAGCUGCUCGUUGACCAAAGUCUCCAUGAAGUGCGCAACCUGGAUGAUUUCGAGAACGGAGGAAAGUACCUGGCUCUGACGCCUCAUGACCGCGCUCAUUUCAGUGAGGAGAGAGUGCCGACUGCCUUCAGAGAGUGAGGUGGGGUUGAUGCACAGAUUGAGAGAAGAAAGGAUGUGAAUAUGAUUUUGAUGGGGAGGGACUGGAGAUCGGGACCUGCGCAUCGAUUCUUUUGUAAUAGUUUUCUUUCUGGAAUGAACAUCUUAACAAAUGGCUGCAUUGACU